GCAGUUUCAAGGCCACACGGAUGGUGCCAGUUGCAUCGACAUCUCCAAUGAUGGCACCAAGCUGUGGACGGGGGGGCUGGAUAACACGGUGCGGUGCUGGGACCUGCGCGAGGGGCGUCAGCUCCAGCAGCACGACUUCAGCUCCCAGAUCUUCUCGCUGGGCUAUUGCCCGACGGGCGAGUGGUUGGCGGUGGGGAUGGAGAGCAGCAACGUGGAGAUCCUGCACGUCACCAAACCGGACAAGUACCAGCUGCACCUCCACGAGAGCUGUGUCCUCUCCCUCAAAUUCGCCUCCUGCGGCAAGUGGUUUGUGAGCACGGGGAAAGACAACCUGCUCAACGCCUGGAGGACGCCCUAUGGAGCCAGCAUCUUCCAG